AGAUGCAACGUGGCCCAAUAUGAAGCGGUGGUGACUUUCAAUUCAGCUGAUACCCUCUCUCUCUCAACUCAUCACACAACCAAAUAUGCAAGCCGCAGUCUCUUCCUUCACACAAAUGGCAACUCCAAGUACCUCCAACAACACUCUCUUAGGAAGAAGCCUUAACAUCUCAAAGCAUGCAAGCUUUACCAGAAAACCAUGCAACCAGAACCAGCAGCUAGCUAUCAAAAAACCAAGCACAAAAGCUUGGAGGGUUGCAGCAAUUCAUGAUGUUCCGGUUGUAGCAGAUCCAACCCCGGUUGCCAUCACUUGGCAAAUUGUUGUUGGAGCCAUAGCUGGAGUUACACCUUUUGCGGUGGCUGGGAUUGAAUUCAGCAAAAGAAUAAUAGCACAGAAAAGAUGUGAGGUAUGUGGAGGGUCAGGGCUUGUUUUGACCAAAGAAGACUACGUCAAAUGUCCUGGAUGUGGUGGAUUUCUCCCUUGGCAAUCAUGGAAAAGAUUCUUUUCUGGCUAAGAUAUUUUUUUUCCUACCCUUAAUACAUUUCCCAUAGGGUUCGAGUGGGGACGUUUUAUUCAAUGUUAUGCUUCAACAUAAAAUUCGGGUUUUUAUUUUUUAAGAAAAUAACAUUUAUACUCAUCUGU